CCACACACAUCACAAGGAAACAACAAGACACGCUGCGCUGCACUGCGUUCUCCAUGGGCGCCGUCAAGCGACAGGAGGAGGACGCCUUCCAAGCAGCCACCGAGCGAGCACGCCACUGCUGUGGUUGGAAGGACAAGGAGCAAGAACGUGCCAUGGCGGUGGGGGCAGAGGAAGAAGGCGGUAGGCGGGAGGAGCGGGAGCUCAUCCCAGGGCUGCCGGACCACGUGGCCAUGGAGUGCCUGGCGCGGGUGCCGAACCGGUCGCACCGGCGCAUGCGCCACGUAAGCUGCGGAUGGCGCGGCGCCGUGGGGAGCGCGGAGUUCCGGCGGCGCCGGAGGGUUGCCGGGGCGGCGGAGGACAUCGUGUUCCUCGUCCAGGCCGCGCCCGUGGGCGGCGACGGCAAGGGCUCGACGCCGGAGUGCUCGCUUGUGGCGGCGAACCUCACCACCGGCGAGUGGCGGCGUGUGGAGGGGGCGGCGGCGGCGUGGGGCCCCGUGCCGCUGUUCGCGCAGUGCGCGGCCGUGGGCGACGGGCGGCAUGUCGCCGUCGUCGGGGGCUGGGACCCGGACACGUUCCACCCGACCAGCGACGUCCGCGUGCUGGACGUGCCCACCGGCGAGUGGAGGCGCGGCCGGCAGAUGCCGGACUCCCGGAGCUUCUUCGGCUGCGCCGGUGGCGACGGCAAUGUCUACGUCGCCGGCGGGCACGACGAGUCCAAGAACGCCCUUCGCUCCGCUUUCGUGUACAGCGUCGCAGCCGAAGCCUGGCGCGCGCUCCCGGACAUGUCCGAGGAGCGCGACGAGCCGCAGCUCGUCGCGACCCCCGGCCGAGUCCUGGCGGCCAGCGGCUACCCGACCGAAGCCCAAGGAGCGUUCAAGGAGACCGCCGAGUGCUACGCCGCCGGCGACGCCUGGAUCAACGAGGGCGACGUGGUCCCAGACACGGCCGGGAUGUGCCUGGCCUCGGUGGGGGGUAAGGUGUGGGCCGUCGGCGCCGGGAAGGGCGGCGUGCGGGAAUGGGAUGGCGCCGCGCGCGCGUGGAGGGACGUGGCGGACGGCCCGCCCGGCAUGAAGGCGUGCGUGAAGGCGGUUAGCGUCGGCGACGGCGGCGCCGUGUUCGUGUUCGGAAAAGCAGCCGACGCGGCGGAGGGCGGUGAGUACGCCUCUUGGGUGAUGGACGCGAGCGGCGCGCCGUGGAAGCGAGUGCCCGUGCCGCCAGGGUUCGACGGGUUCGUUUACUCGGCCGCGGCCAUGCGGGCUUAGAAAUUAGUUUAGUCGCGAGCUUUUGCACUUGGGUUUGGCGCUUACACUUGACUAAAGCCGUAAAAGCGCAAUGUUUUGGGUCUUGUUUUCUAAUCCGAGUAUCGGAUCACUAUAUUAUAUGCAUCUUGUUUCGUUGGAUUCAA